AUGAGAGGCUCGCAGUGGGACUCCCCCCUAGAGGUGUGUGCAUCAGACCCGGCAUACAACUGCCACAACAACCUGCGCUCCUCGCUCUCCCUCGACGUGCACCUCGUCAGAGACGGGUACGUGAAGUUCAACUUCACAGUGAGUGCAGAGAUGGGCCACGAUGGACUUGCCUUUUACAUCGACUCGCUCUCACAGCCCCUCAUGGCGCUCACCUCCUACCAGUUUGAGCCACGUGAGAUGGCGUUCCCGGUGGAGGCGGGGCAGCACCGGCUGGUGUGGGUGUACAGCAAGGAUGACAAGUGGAGCAAGGGGGAAGACAUCGCCACCAUCCCGACACUUGCACUGGCGCACACGAUAGCACGUGUACGAGUCACUCCUUCCGUGGCGGAUUGCCAAUGCCAUUUCAAUGCUGCGUGCUUGCUCGAAUCAAUCUCUCCGCAUGCACCACCUGCAAUGUUUUCCCCUCCUGCCUACUGCCCUGCUGCCACUCCUACCUCCCCUCCUCCCUGCCUUCCCCCCUCCCUGCCCCCCAUCCUUCCGUCCACCCUUCGUCCCUUUCUCCUCUCCUCCUCUCCUUUCCGCCUCCUUCCCUCAUCCCCUGAUUCCCUCAUUCCCUUCCCCCCUCUCCCCGCCUCUUUCCACAUCCCCCCACGUGUCCCUGUGCAUGUGAGCAGUGCGGAGGGCGCGGGUGCAUGUGAGCCGUGUUCUGAGAACACCAUUUCCAGCAUGCAGUGUGAGCGAUUCCACCAUCACAUACACGCCAUGCCAGCUCGCCUCCAAGAAGCGAAUCAUGAGCCAUGCCCUGACGGCCAGCAGGCAGAGCCCGACCCGCAGUCAGGGGAGAUUCGCUGCACGCUCUGCCCUCCCGGCACAGCGCGGCAGGCGAGCUACGAGGGGGGGGCGGGCAGCGCUGGCAGCAUCUUAGAGGGGCGGUGCGAGGCGUGCAGCGCAGGGCAGGUGGCGAUGAAGAUUCUGUCACUCAAGCACUUCACCAUGCAGCCCAACGGCGCCCUGCCGCCCAACUUCACCACCGGCUGCCAUGGCGACUGUGGCACCUUUGGCUGGCGCGCCUUUCAGGACCACCUUGACUCCGGCAGCGGCCACGGGCCCACCGCCACGAUAUGGCUGGCGUUGGACGUGCAGAUGGCGGUGCGCGGGUACAUGUCCUUCAACUACUCCGUUGACAUCCUCCCUGGCGACCCGGGCCGGGCCUUCUUCUUCUUUAUCGACCAUGACCUCAUGGACUAUGUGGAGGUGACGUCAUGGGCGAUGUGGAGCUGCAUAGCCGUCAUGCCAUGCAUAUUCUGUGCAAUGCAGGGCGCAGCAGUGUCUCUCCAUCCUCACUCCCUUGUCCAACCAACUGCUCCCCAUGUCCCUCCCCACUCAUACUCUCCCCCCCCUCCCACUGCCCCUUCCGUCCGCCAGCAACAACGGGUGGAGUGGGAGGAUGGCGGGGAGAAGAAGGAGCACCCAGGGGCGGGGGAGGAUGAGACGCACAUGAGUGGCAUGUGGGAGCUCACUGCGGGGCGGCACUCGCUGAUGUGGGUGUGGCAGAAGCUGGAUGACACGGGUGCUGCUACCAGGACCACCCGCGACUCGGCUGUCAUCUAUGACAUCCAUAUAGAGGGAGUGGCGGACGGCGGUGCAGCGCGGUGUGAGGAGGUGCCGCCGGGGUCAACGCUAGCAGGUGGGGGCGACUCGUACGUGCCGUGUCCCCCCGGCACCUUCAGUGAGGGCGGUGCGUCCUCGUGCCUGCCGUGUCCACCCAACACCUUCAACAAUAAGCCCCAGGGGCGGCAGUGGGAGUGCAUGCCGUGUGGAGCGGGCACGUCGUCCCUGGCGGGCAGCACGGAGUGCUUCAUUGGUGAUGCUGCCCGCCCCGCCUCCUUCUGCACCUUCAACCUCCCCACCGAUCAGCUGCCGCGCAGCCCCCACCUCGGCGAAAAAGCGGCGGAUGAACAGGCGGGGCAGGAGGGGGGAGGGGGUGCGGAGGGGGAGGAGGGGAAGGGGAAGAGGGGGAUGGAAGGGGAAGCAGGGGAAGGGGGGGCACUGCCGGCGGGUGGCACGGCGGUUGCUGUGAGAGGCAAUGAGACGGCGGCGGCAGUGGUGUUUGACCUCUCUCCCCUGUCUCGCAUGCACCCCGGCCGCAUGUUUGGUCCCUUGCUCGAUGCUGCUGCUGCUGCUGAGCCUGAUGGUGAUGCUGCUGGGGGGGGACAACUUGCAGAGGGAGGGGCGGCAGGGGGUGGUGGGCAGGAGGGCAAGGGGAGCAGGGCGGGGGGCCAGGCAGUGGAGUACUUGUUGAGUGUGUGCGAUAGAGACAGCAGCAACGACACGUGCUACGAUUACUCAGGGCGGUCACUCAACACCUAUGCAUGCAAGGUGGACCCGCGGGAGGCCACAAGCGGAGCACGGCCGGGGCACAAUCUAGGCAGUGCAGUGGCUGUCUAUCCGCUGGCAGCGGUGCAUGCAGGGCUGUACCGGCGCGGGCUGGUGAUGGCGUUCACAGGGGACGAGUGCCCGCAGACCAACCUGCCCCGCGAGACCAACCUCACCUUCAUCUGUGACCCCGCUGCUGGCCACGGGCAGCCAGAAGCAUGGACGGAGGAAGGGCAGAUGGCAGCGCUGAACCCGGUGCUGGGAUACCCGCAGUACGCGCAACGGGGGGGAGCGGUGCAGCGCAUCGAGCAGAGUGACUGCUCCUUCAGCCUCGUGUGGUACUCGCUGUUUGCGUGCCCGCUGUGCUCGCAUGAGGACUACGAGCGCGUGGAGACAGCAGAGUGCAUGGACGAGAAAAGGGCCACAUACAAGUGGAAAUUUCCCCGGGUUUGUCAGCUGAACCCCUCCAACCCUCUACCCCCAGACGAGCCCUGUGAGCCAUGCAAGCCAGGCGACAUCAUCCGCACCCAGGGGGACUGUGCUGACGCCAAUGGCAACCACAACGUCACGUACUCAUGGCGCCAGCCGCACCACUGCAGCCCCACUCUCCCCGGCGCUGCCUCCCUGCCGGCACCGGAGCUGGUGGGUGCGUGUGAGCAGAGGUGGGUGUACGUGCCUUCAGAGGCGCUGUCUCCCAUGUGGAUUGCGCUGUUCGUGGGCCUGGGCGUGCUCAUUGUGAGCUUUGGAUAUCUCUCGCUUGUCACGUGGCUGCGCAGCCGUCGAUUGCGGCAGAUGUAUCAACGGCUGGUGGAGGCCGAGGUGCACAUGGAGGGGGAGAUGGGUGAUUUGCGUGCGGAUGGGGAUGGGGAUGGGGAUGAGGAUGCCGAGGACAACCGGCUCACUAGCAUGGGGGUGGGCGACGCGUUGGUGAUCCAGACAGCGCUCAGCGUCACGCUCGCGUCGGCGGCGCGGCGAGCCGGGUGGAUUAGCUACCACCCGGAGAGGAUAGGCAACGAGAACGUGCGGAAGGCGGUGGACGUGGCGAUGUGGGUGGGCGACGGCAUCACCGCCCUGGGCUGUGCAGUGAUGGACGCCGUGAAGAAGAUGGCAGGGCGUGGAGGAAACAGGCUGGGCCGGCGGUGA